GAGCGAACGCGUGCCGAACGUUCGCUAUGCAAUCAAAUUACAAAUAACUCGUUUCAUUUAAGAACGUAAUCAUUUCAAUGUCGAUUCUGUUUGAAGUAUUAUACGUACUACAUAGUAUUAGUGUUUGAUUUAGCCGCGUCAAAAUGUCCGAAGUGGAAUGGACGAAUGACGCUAUUAUUGAGCUCGUCAAAGAGUACAGCCGUCGCCCCGAGCUGUGGGACUCUAAGCACUCGCUGUACCGGACCCAAGCCGCCAAGUAUGACGCGUGGGCGACUUUAGCGCUGCACUUCGACUGUGACAUACCGGACCUGAGGAAGAAAUUGAAUUCGAUUUUCGCUUCGCACAGACGCGAAAAGGCAAAAGUUCGCGCCGGCGGUCACUCGACCUGGUUCCUGUAUCCUUACAUGAAGUUCUGGCCGACGCAUUUGGAGAAUAACGACGCGGACAAUACGACCUCGAAAUCGGAGCAGGAGGAACCAUCAGUCAACCAUCAAGCGUCCGAUCAGGCGUCAUCAUACGACAGCAGCGGCGACAACGAAUCCAUACAAGUCAAACAGGAGCCCAUUGAACGUCCAAGAAAGAGAUACAUCCAAAGACCGCUUCUCAAGUCCAAGAUCCUGAGGCCUAUAAAGAAGCUAUCACGAGGGAACGCUCACAGGAGUCAACUGGACAGUAGAUUGGUAGAAGCUCUAAAGCUCCUCAAGAAAUCCGAACAGUCCAGGAAGAAAGAUGAGUGUGACAGCUUCGGAGAAUACAUAGCCACUUCGUUACGUAAACACGAUGAACGAACUCAGUCAAUGAUUAAGCAAGCCAUCAACAAUAUACUCUUCGAGCAAGAGAUGAAGAAGUAUUCCGCUGGACAGUACACGGUCGUUUUGACGGGAGUGGAAGAGAACCCCUUGAUAUUGGGAGACCAUGAGAGCGACAACUGAAACAAAUCUAACGUCGUGGAUAAAAGCGAAGGUUUCUCUUACUUAAGGCUGCGCGUGGCCCUAUAGUUUUCUGAUCUGCGAACGUCUGGUCCUAAAACAAAUUUAAGCAGAUAUAUGAAGAUGAUGAGAAGGGACCAGAGCAUUGCGUAAAUAUUGAUUGAUUACCACGUGAGAGGUGGUUUAGUAUUGCCUCAAAUUGAGGUUGAGUAUAGUUUGAGUCACCUGGCAAAUCACAAGGGGUGCGCGGAAGACAUUCCGUCUUAGUAUGACAUGACCGUUAUGGGGGGAUAGAUCUGUAUAUGUCAUCGACAGUUUAAUAGUAAUAGUAAAUUUUACUUGUGCGUCAAUAUACCUACAAGUAGUAUUUCCAAAAAAUCCCUUUGCGAAAUAGACGCGGGAUUUAGGUUUGGGGCUAUAAAGGUUUAUCCGAAAUCACUAUCUAUGGCAUGGGAUGACCCAGAUGAAGAGUUCUGUUGAGUAUAAAUAGUGCAACUUAUCUUACUACGCACAUUUUCAUCAGUUUUUAUUUUUACUUUAUUAAAUUCAAUAUUUCCUGUUUCUAGACCCCUUGAUAAAGAAACUAUAAUGCAUGUACUGAUUGGUGCAUGUGGUCUGAAGAUCUUCGGUUUGCCCAGCUCUUAGUCAUAAUGGUGAGCAAUCCUGGUCUCUUAUAGCUCCCAUCAUCCAUAACAUUUUCCUAAUAUUUGCUUUCGCACUGACUCUCCUCAUUUUACUCCCACAUCUUGAUCAGGAGUACGUCUGGACCAUACAACUGUACAUGAAUAGAACAUAUUCAUAGUGAUCGUGUAAAUAUUUUAUAGACAUUUUGUAAAUAUAAAACAAAAAACUAGAUUUUGUGAAGUUUAUUGUGUUUAUAUA